AUCUAUUCAGAGAUCAGGCUCGGAUCAACUCAAUAACUUGGGGGCUUCUGGAGCUAUGUCUUCAUCUUUUCCAGUUGUCCCUCCCUUUAUUGAUGACAAGUAUUCCAGUUAUCCAGAUUCUUUUUGGGUUUCCCCAGAAAGGGAACUGAUGAAAAACCCCAUUUCCAGUCAGGCUGCUGCAAUAGCUUUUAACAGCAGUAUUGAUGGGCACUUGUUUACGUCAUCCACUGGAUUACCCAGUGACGCUCCUUUCUCUUCAGUUUCACAUGGAGGACAUUCCCGAAUUUCCCCAUUCAUUUCCCAGUCGUCAGCUGAGCGGGAAUCAUUUCUGCCAACCCAUUCUUCUCAUUUGGAUGUACGAUCUACAGCAUUGAUUAAUAACAAUGACGGGAGUCGGGAUAUUUCCUGGUGUACAGAUCCAUUUCAGGAUUUUCUUAAUUUUCCUACAUAUGCAUCUGCUGAGAAUUGUCAGGUGGAAAGCAGUACUGGUGUCAUAGCAUCUGAGUACCAUACUAGGAGAAAUGAUUGGCAGUGGACUGAUGGAUGGAUUAACUCUGAGCUGGAGCCAGAUUGCAAUGAGCUUCCCAAUGUUAGUGUGGCAGAUCCCAAACCAAAGCAACCCCAAAUUCGUGUGCAGCAGCCAGCACCACCUGUGGAAUUUCAAAGAGUUGAUAAUGCAAUGUCCACUGCACCCCCUACGAAGUCCCGAAUGCGUUGGACUCCAGAACUUCAUGAGGCCUUUGUAAAAGCUGUCAAUCAGCUUGGCGGUAGUGAUCAAGCCACUCCGAGUGCUAUAAAGAUCCUCAUGAAUGUUGAAGGCCUGACUAUCUUUCAUGUGAAAAGCCACCUGCAGAAGUAUAGAACAGCCGAAUUCAAACCGGAGUCAUCAGAAGGAACUUCAGAGAAAAUAGCAACUUCUAUUCAAGAAGUAAAAUCUCUGGACCUAAAGACGAGUAUGGGAAUCACUGAAGCAUUGCAGAUUCAGAUGGAACUUCAGAAGCGACUUCAUGAACAACUAGAGAAUCAAAGACAGCUGCAACUGGAAAUUGAAAAACAAGGGCAGUAUCUUAAAAUGAUGGUUGAGAAACAGAGGAAAAUGGAAGAUGACAGGAUUAAGGCCUCGACAUCUGCCUUGGAUGAUCCUUCUGCUCCACUGUCAAAUGUAGUGCAGCCAUCCCCUAUGCAUGACAACCUGGAAACCUCAAAACUGGAUGAACUUAAAUCAGGGCCAGGAACUAGUCGUGUCAACGCCACACCUGAAGCCAGCUCCUGGGAUGUGAGUAGGAAACAAAAGGCACAUGAAAGCGAAGAUGCCAAGGAUCAAGAACCAGGUUGCAGUAACUAUACUGGUCCACUGACAAAACGAGCAAGAGCAGAUCAAAUAGCAGCGUCCUCAACUGAAUUUUUGUCUGAUGAAAAUCUUUUUCCAUGACGUUGUGCUGCCACUGGAACACUUGGAGGGAGGGUUGGCCUGGUGAAGGGUAUUUGAGCAGUAGGCUGAAAGAUGACAUCUGAACCAGAUGUUUUUUUUUUUUUUUUUCCAUUUUUUUGUAAAUUAUGGCAUGUUUUCUUCAUUUAGAAAAGAAACGGAGGUUCCAGUACUGAUGAUUUUAGUAGUUUCUGUCCUUGGUUAGAGGCUAAAUGCACCAAACAAUAGAUUUUCUGUUCAUUUAUAGGAAUUUAAUCGUGAUCUUGCAA